CCGUGGGUUUUCUCAAGCACCUGACAACUGCCCACGCGUUUGAAGAAAGCAGCCAUCGUUGCGGCUUGUGGCCAGACGACAACUAACCUCCACACCGCGCACACAGGCUACGUGGCUUCACGCACGUGCACACGUCACGAGCACGGUCCGCGUGCAGGGCGGAGCACGGUGAGGGCCGCAUAACGGGAACAUCGAUUGAGCCACAGGUGAGAGCGGCUCUAACACCGGCUCAUAUCAAAGGAAGCGUGUUUAAGUUACCUGCGGAGCUGUGACCUGCUUCGAUACGUCGUGUUAUGUUGGAGUGUCCCCUAUCAUGUUCUAUUUGAAGGCGAAGGUACAGUUCGAAGUUACUUCCCGCACGAUGUGUGUGUGUAGGAGGCAGGGCACGUGUAUCUGACCAGGUGUGUCUGCGAAACAGGAUCUGAUAAAGCUGUGUUUGCCAUUUCGAACUAAGACUUUGGUCCCUUGUAGGUGUCAGACGCUCAUGAGGCGAGGAACUGAUUAGAAUCAUUAGAUCACCGAGACUUGCCCUGCUUCUGACCAGGAUGUAUCCGGACUGGCCGUGCUGUCAGCCUGGAAAUUCCCAGUGAUAACCCAGGCAACUGCAACAGCGACGAGACACGACGAGGUGCGGGAAACCCAGUUGCCUCAUGUGAAGUACUAAGCCGUUGCGACGACAACCACUCGUUUUGUGCGAAGGCCUACCUCUAUAACUACUCCCAUGGUGCAGAGCUGCUGGUGUCUGACUGCUUUUAUAUGGAUGUGUGUCUAACACAAACCCUAACCUUCUAUUUAUUCGUUCAUCUGUUUGAGUUCACGACUGAAAGAUGCUCGGGUCAAGCGGCAGACGACACGUCAGCUAGUGUGUGUAUCAGAGCUUUUCCACUAUUUCCGCUUGUGUCGGCUGUUUAUUUGUUGUUGUUUGCCUAGAAAACUGAUGAUGUCAGUCGGAAAUUCGUGGAAGGACUACAUGCAACCUUUGGGGGAGUACCUUCGCGCCAGUUUCGACUUUCGGUCAGACCAUGGCGGCCAAUAUUCCUUGACUUCGUCGUUAACCAUGUCUUUUAUUAUUUUGUUCUGCCUUACUGAGCAGCCAUGACAGACAAAACAGCAUGAAUCAAAUCUUGUUGCUGUGCUGCUGAUGGAUAUGGUCUAAAGUGGAUGCUGUAUAGCCCGUGGAUUUUGUCUACUCUAGUAGACACUCGACUGCCAGUGAAUUUCUUUGACUUGUGAGGUCAGUGAAAUGCCAGUGAGUUUCUUCAUCUUCUUGUGGUCAUUAAUAUGCCAGUGGAUUUCAGUGACUUUCUCGGUGAUUAUGCAGUCAGUAAAUUUCACUCAGUCUUGUGACCACUAAACUGCCAGUCGAUUUUCUUUAUUCUAGUGGUCACUCCAGUUUUAGUCAUUUUCACCGGCUUUUGAGGAGAUGAAAUUUCCGUCCUGAAAACAUCUUGUGGUCACUUUUCCGACUUUGAUCACCUCUAGCGAAAGGUCAGGAAACUGGAGGGCAACAUACUCCAUAUCCCCUUUCCUGCCAGGACUUUGUGUACACUUCACAACUUAGGAAAAAUCUGCACAUAAGUCUUUGUAUGGUGGUCUCGCCUAAGGAGAAGUGAGAGGGUGCUCCUAUCGACUCAAAUAUUAUUAACGGAAAAACUGUACAUAGAGCGUGUGUGUGUGUGUGCAGAAAAUAUCUCAGAGAAUGCCUUGGAAAGACAGAAGUAAAAAGAAGAGACAUGGCAAACAAUCAAGGAGGGAUGAAGGGGAGAGAAACCCCCCUCCCUGUGGUCCUUGUCUUGUUGUGUCCACAGACAUCGAGCAGACAUCCAGAGUUGUCGCGACAACCGACUUUCAGGUACAGGGAGCCCAUGAUGAUCUUCAAAAAGAAAUUGAAAAAGUUAGUACUCUGCAGAUAAACAAAAGUGAAAGUAAUGAAAGAGGCAGUCUUCAAACACCUACAAAAGGAGCUAGCUUGCAAGAGCACGCUGGAGGAGGCGACUCACGAGGGCAGUAUGAAGGCGCGUGUCAACAAAACAAAGAGUGUUUACAGGAACAUAAUGAACUAAAAACUGAGGAACCCUGGCAUACUGUACCAAGUCGAAAAUCUAACAAAAACAAAUCAAAUGAUUCCCAACAAAAGUCGAUUCCAGAGUCUCAAAACCUUCUACGGGGCGGCCCUACAUGUUCCAGAUCGUGCAAUCCUAGACCUUCCAGGAUGGACAGUCGUACAGGUCAUAGCGUCAGAGAGACUAGUCCAUGUCGCAGCAACCCAUAUGUACCACGUGCUGCCAACAUCCGGCCUCAUGUUCGAUACCCCCUUCGUUCACAUCAACAACCUUCUGCUGGUCAUCUUAAAAAGAUGCAGGGACAGGAGGCAGUCACACAGUUAGAAACGGACACAGAAGUCCAGAGAUGUAUAUCCGAUAUCAAGAAGCUAAUAAAGGAGAUGUACAAAGACAAAGAUGGUGGUCACAGGUCGAAAGAUAUCGGCAGCGAGAUUUUCCAGACACUGGCGAGGCAAGAUUUUCCAAAAGCUUUCAAGGAAGCGUACUGUGUGCCCCCAUGGCUGCCCCCGUGCGUGUGCCCCUCACAGACGACACGUCCUGCCCAGGGCAGGGCACUUCAUCAGCGGGACGGUGACGUAGAAGGGUUGCGCGCUGAAUGUUUGGUCUCUAGAACUUUCAGGGCGUUAAGCGUUUGGUUUGCUAAGCAUAAGCAGCCAUCCAUGUUCAUCAUAGUCAAGUUUUGUCUGGACAACCUGCUGGGUUGGUUGGGGCCGCGCGGUACGGAGAAGCUCGGUACAUGCCAGGAAUUUCAGAUCUUUUGGGAUGACAUUUCCAGCCUGGAGAUAAUUCAAAGGAGAAUUGGAAGGCGGGAAGCGGACCUGGUCGUGCUGCAUCCCGAGAAAAGCAUCAUCUUUGUAGAGGUCAAGGCAGUAGGAAGUAAAGAUGAGAGUAGAAAGGAAGAAAUAAUUCUGAAGAAAAUUGGAAAAGCAGUAGAUGGACUAAAGAAGGACACUGAAAUACUGACUAGUGUAAUGACACGUUCAAGUUACAGCAAAGGAAUGCAGAUGCAGCUGGUGGUGGCACUGCCCAACGUCAGCAGGACACAGCUCGAGGAAGUCAGGGCUUGCAGCAAACGAAAACUGAAGGGUGUGAACUUUCUUUGCAAAGAUGAGCUGCUUUGCAUUGAUAAUGACAGUGUGCCUGACGUUGAGAAAGACCUGAACAGCUUUCGUCGGUGGUGGGACAACCUACCCACAUCACACAGUUCGAAUGAUGAUUUGGGGCUGAUAGAAGUCAUCGGCAAGUACGUUGGGCGGCUGUCGUUACCCGUGAACCCACGUGAUGGGAACCAGCUGCAUCAGCUGCGGCACAUCAGCGACUGCGUGCGUCAUGCGGUCCGACUGCGGGAGCUGCUACGUGCCACUCAGAAUGAAAAGGUGAAGAAGACGGUAAAGAGCAAACCGUGCUGUUCCCAAGCUCUAGCACUUCUUAAGCACGUAGAAUGGAUGGAAGCAAAGGAACCGGCACACCAUAGGACAGAGGACCAGGAAAUAUCCCAUUGCUUUGGUCUCUCGCCCCUGUGCAUCAGACACCGGAAACAUAACCCCAAAUUCAAGGUCACCGAAUGUAGACUUUGCGGCAAAGAGCUGGCAACUUUUCUCAAGGCUGAACAGCUGCUAGCGACCUGUCCACAAGAAAAUUCUUCAUUGCAGGUCAGAUCUCCUCUCCACAACCCUGUGGUUGGCGGCGCAAGACUAAAGAUAUCACGUGACAAGAGACAAAACUCAUCUACAGACGCGGCCAGGUGUGAAGAACCACCGAGCUCAAGAGAAACACUGACUGACAGCGGCGGUCAAAGACCUGCCCCUGCAGCUCAACCAGGAGCCAACAUCAACCGCAGCAACAUCGUUCCUGUCGUCAUGUUCAAUCUUCCCAUGAAUCACAGCGACCCAGACGAUAACCAGUACAGUGAAUAUCUAGAUACGUGUCCUUUCAUUCAGGCGCUGCGGAAGGAGCGGGUGGACGUGCACGUGACAAGAGACCUCAGAGGCCAUGACUCUGAUGUCGUAGCACGCGGGAUGGUGGUCAGCUGCGUGGACAACUGCCAGGGGAUAGAAGAGGCGGUUGUGGUCUUUGUUCCGAGCGAACUCGCGGUCAUUCAAGGGGCAGAGCAGCAGGAAGGCGGAGUCAACACAGAAAGUUCCGCCCCCACCGUCGCCAGCAUGGAAUGGGAAAGUGGUGACAUCAGGAGGUUCCACCCUUGGGACCGGACCAACAUGGCAGUCGCUGGGUCGAGAUGCUUCGGUCUUUUCAUUCUCAUGGUGCCGUGAGUGUGGAGUGUCAGAGGAUGCAGGCCCGGCAACAGUAGCAUUCCGACACAGCAACAAAGUUUCUUUGUCAAUAAGCAAUAACCCGAAGAGUGCCAGGGUAUGUGUGUUUACAGUACACGUAUUGAGGGUAAUGAAUAUUAGGCAAUGUAUUCGAUGGCAAAGAUGAUGUAGGUUACAGGAAUCGGGUAAAGGGUAAUGCACUCAAUGGCGAAGAGGAUUCGUUUACAGGAAAUGGACAUUUAAUGAAAAAAUGAUGUAGCAACAGUCCAGGGCUUCUGCUAAGGCUAAAUUCUUUGGGUUCCCAUGGACCCUUUCUUCAGAUUUUUAAGGGGUCCCUGUUCUGCGCCCAACUUUGAAUGGGACCCCAUUGACGAAAAUUGAAGGGGUCCUCCGAACUUUUAAUGCGUACUGUACGCAAUUUUUGGCGUAAGCAGAAGCCCUGCGGCUUACAGAAGGUGGGUAAUGGCAUUGAAUGGCUGACAUGUUUUGCUGUAAUAGAGGAGACAGCGGGGGAUACAUCCUAUAAUUUUGCAGUUAUCUGAAAUCUAGUUCUAAUCGUGGUGAAUAAUGAGGCCAUUUGUAAUGUUGCUAGUCGUGCAGUGCAUUUUGUAUCUGCUCAUCAUGAGAAGGACAUUGUGCAAUCGUCAAAUUUCACCUUCUCUUUGUUCACUUUUUACACUCCAAAACUUACUACAAAAUUCCAAAUGUUACUAUAGCCCACCAUCAUACUUCAAGACUUGUCAAAAUAUUGCAAGUGUGAGUGAAUUAUUUACAACACUCCUUUCUUCAGCUAUUUUCGAUAUUCCCCCAAAUUAUGCCAAACGUGACAUGAUCUCUGUUUAAACAGAAAGCAGCCUUAUUGACAGAUUAUUUAUCCUUCAUUGUUGAAAACUCCUUAACAUCUCUUGAUGUUUAUUGUGUGUAAGGCAGCACAUAGUUGCCUGGUUCACCAUCACGAGGGGGUCCUGUCUGUCCUGUCUGUCCUGUCUGUCCUGUCCCACUCGAUGGUGGCUUUUCUGCUGUUGCCUGUACACACUUCCAAAUGUUUAAAUGGAAAUCGAGUGUUCCCCAACUAUGGACAAAUGAUGCAUAAUGUUUAUAAUCGCCUUAUUCUAUUGUUACUUUAUUUUUAUGGCAAAUAAUCUAUUUUUUAACGAUAUUUUCUAAGGCAGCGACGCCAGUGUUAGGAUUUGUUGUGAUUAUUGUUAAGACAAACAACCACACUACACCAAAAGUGUUGUAUCGGAUAAAAAAGUUGUGUUUAAUUCUGUUACAAGAAGAUGAUGUUAAAAAUGGGGGAUGGGGUAUGUGAAAACAAAGUUUGAGAUUAAAAGUAUUGAAGGCGAUUCAGAAACUUUCUUCAAAUGGAAUUUUCCUGAGCAUUUAUUGAUACUUUGGAGCAGUAUUAUGAAGUGGUCGCACCACAAUAUGCUCAUUUAAGGAGGAUGCUGUAAAAGAACAACAAUGACUUUUUGUAUAAAGGCAACAGUACAAUUAUCACAGGUGACAUCACUGUUUGUUUCUAAAAGCUAGCCUGCUGCAAUACUUUUCCUUGAGAAUUGCUAAUUUCAUCUUGACAUUCAUGAUGGCUUUCUGUGUCGAGCAGUGUUGGUGAGGUGAGCACAACAACAAUAAUAAGAUUUGCAUUCCAGCUACGGUGUUGAUUGUUAGUUUUGUUUCACAAUGAUAUCUGAUUGGUGUAUUUUAAUCUUAUUUUUCUGAAGCAGCGAUGUCAGGGUUUGUAACGACAGUGACAACGAGAGUGUUUGUUACCAGAAGAAGCCCGUGGUGGUCUCAUUCCUGACCUUCGCCAGUCCCCUGUUAGGAAACGUCACGUGAUCUUGUUGCAGCCAAACAGAUCUCUCAAUUUAAACAUCGACAGUUUCAUCCCAUCGAAUAUUUUCAUCUUUCUGACUAUCUUUUGUUGUUUAAGAGAGACAUUGUUGCCCGGAUGUGUAGUUUUGAAGUUCUAACUUGUUCUGUUUUUACCUGGUCUCCUACCUGCUGUAUACAGAACCUCUCUCUUGCCAGGUGUAGACAGUAACUUUGUCUAGAGUUGUACAGCUGAAGCUAUCUAUGGUAGGCCAAUCUUUGCCUUCCAGGUGUAUACAGGUGAUCUUACUUUACUAUUCUACAGCUUUACAGGUGUGUCUAUCUGCAGAAAUGCCGAUCUGUAGUAAAAUUAUUCUUUUGUGAUGUCUUUCCAUUUUGGACUUUCCAUGAAUCCGUCAUUUUUAAUACCGAAACUGUUUACCUGACCGAAGCUCAUUUGUUGUUGUUGUUGUUGUUGUUGUUUCUGCUGUAAUUUUGAAAUAUCGGGUGUGGCUUUUUUUAGCUCAAAAGUCAUCCCGGCUAAAAAUAGCACCACUGGGUGGUGAUGAUGAUUUGCAUUAUAACUGUCAUUAUCAUGUUGUUAGUCAUCACCAUCCUCCCAGGGGUUAAGUAAGGUGAGCAGGUCUGGCUGAAGCACUGAUGGCGACAGGUAAACCAAGGUCCCGAAGCCGAGAUGAUUCUUUGCUGGCCUAAUGAUGAUUCUUUGCUGGUGUUAGUACGGUUUUCCCCCAUUUUGUGUGGAGGGGACACACAGGACCACUAGUCAUGUCGGUUCGGUAAGAACAGGGCAAACAUCACUUGUGUACUCGGGAUUUUCCGUCGCUGUAAGUGUGAUUUGAGUGCUAAAUAUAGCAGUGAUCCUUGUGUGUGAUUGUGAUACAUGACACCUGCAAUAUCAGUGGCAUAUUGUGAUACUCAGUUGUCUGACCAGUUCAUCCGUUGUUUGUGAUCAAAGAUGAUGUCAAGCGCAAUUAUGUCAACAAUACUUUUUUCGAGUAAACAUUUUUCACAUUUUCACUUGUAAAUUGGGAAUGUGAUGCAAAGUGAAUGUGAUUGAAAAUGCAUGUUUCAUGAACUUUCUACUUAAGGCCUUUCUAUUUAUUAGUAACUCUAUUACUGAGAAACUGUUUUUAAUUUUUAUAGUUUUAUUUACACGGUAGAUAUAUGUUUACAUGAUAUUUUUACUGAUAACAGUCUUUCUUUUACAUGUUGUGUAUGUUUGGUGCGCGUGUUUGUGAGGACUAGUGUCAGUGGUCGUGGGUGUGUACCUUUGAAGUAUGCCUGGAAUGUUCUCUGUUGAAUCGUGUGUGAGAUAUUUAUUAUCAAUAUUUUAUAUAUGGAUACUUGUUAUGUCUGAGUGCAGCUGCUUCGGUUAUGUCAGCGAUGAGAGCAAACAUUUUACUUAAAUCGCACGCUUUGUUAGAAUGAUGAUGAUGAUGAUGAUGAUGAUGAUGAUGGUGGUGGUGGUGGUGGUGGUGUUAUGAUUGUUAUUAGUAAGCUGCUUUAAUAAUUCUUAAUAAAGAUGAUAA